UCUAAGUAUUAUGUCUGUUGUUAAAUGUCACUGUGUGCAUCAUGAUACAGCUUGUGCCAGCUUAUUUAAACAAUCUGAAACUAUUUUUUAUUUAAUAGAAAUAUUUAUUGACGUAUCCCACAGUAAUUUAAACGAGUCAUUACUGACAAAGAAAUUAAUCUUAGACAUACCACAAACUUGCUGUGACACAACAUGUCUAUGUUAUUGUAUGUUUUUACACAAUGUAAAUGUUAGAGUUAAUAAAUUCAAAAUUAAACUUAUGAGAAUUAUGAUAAUAUGAUAAAGACACAUAAGGUGAAAGAUUAUUAAAUUUGUUUAUAACAAUGAAAAAAAAAUAAGAAGAAAGUAAAAUAUACAUGAUAUUUAAAUAUAAGUAUCUGUUUGAUUGGUCUCAGAGAAUGUCUAUAAUUUUUCAUCUUUCUUAUCUGUGUGGUAAAUAAGACUUGUAUAUAUUUAUAUUUUUUCUUUCUUAUCUGUGAUGAAAACAUGUAUCUAUGACGAGAAAUGUUAUCUAACAUGUAUGGAGAUUGUAUGUAUACAUACAUAGAAGAGAAUGUUCAAGAGUAUUGGAACAAGACUGCACAUGCCAACUAAAUGCAAUUUUAUAUAAGCACAUUAGUUUGUGAUUCACUAAUGUCUUGUACAGAUAUGCAAACAUAAUUGUUCGAAUUGUACGAAAAAAAAUUAACAUGCAAGGAAAGUGGUGAAAAACUGGUCAAGUGUCAAUCGUUAUACUGUGUUCUCUACGUACAUACUUGAGUUAUUUAUGUCUGAGGGGAGCUAACUAGACAGACGCGUGUUAUUAUUUUGAAAGUUGGAGACGUGUGAAUGAACUCGCGUUCACUCACCUGUAUAUGUAGACGUACAUACAAAAGAUCGAAAUAUCGAAUAUCAUCGAAUCAACAUAUCACUUUUGAACAAUUAUUUUAAAGGAUAUUAGUGCAUUAGAUAUUAUACAAAAAAUGAAAUGAAACUGUUAAUAACUAUGUUAAAAAUUUCUAAAGAUACAAUAUUGUGUCAAGUGUAUAUCUGAAUUAUAAAUAUUUUUACCUUAUCAGACUGCUAUGAAAUUAGCAAGAUGUGUGAUUUGGACAAUGAAGGUGUCUGUAUUGAUAUAUCUCAUUAUAUUCGGACUCAUUCCUGUAAUUUUUCAUUAUUCCCAAACGUUACAAAGAAAGAUACUCUUUUUAAAUUUUGUGCAAUGGCCACUUAAAGUGGAGUUUUCCAAUCCAAAAUCGGUUGGAUUGGAAGGCGCUAGGAAUUUUUAUCUAUAUACCGAUCAACAAGUGAAAAUAGGUGCUUGGCAGAUACUGCCCAAGUCUUUAUUAAAUAAUACUAUUCCUGCGACAGAUGAAGCAUACGAAACACUUUUAAGCAAUGCCAAACAACCAGUAUUCCUAUACAUGCAUGGCAACAGCGGUAAUCGAGCAAGUUCGCAUAGAGUUGAACUUUACAAGCUUUUUCAAGAUUUGGAUUACCAUGUGAUAUGUUUUGAUUAUAGAAGUUACGGUGAUAGCGAUGAACUUGACCUUUCUGAAGAAGGAAUAGUCAUGGACAGUAAGUACGUUCUUGAAUGGGUGAUGAAAAAAGUUAACAAUUCAGCUCCAGUUUUUGUCUGGGGCCACUCUUUAGGAACUGGAGUUUCUACACAUAUGUUAGCUCUGCUUGCAGCUGAAAAUAUACAACCGACAGCAUUGUUUCUGGAAGCGCCUUUUAAUAACAUGGCGGAUGAAUUAACAGAACAUCCACUCGCACAGUUAUUUAAGCAUUUACCGUGGUUUCAUUGGUUGAUCGUCGAACCUUUUUAUAACAAUAAUCUACGAUUUGAAUCUGACAAACAUAUCUCGAAGAUCGAAUGUCCCGUUAUGAUAUUACAUGCUGAAGACGAUGGUGUGAUUCCAGUCUAUUUGGCGGAAAAACUUUAUCAAGCAGCAAUAGAUAGUCAUGGAAAUGAUACAAAUCAUAUACAAAUGAUAAAAAUAGAUUCGUCUUAUGGACUUGGACAUAAGUACAUUUGUAGGUACAAAGAAUUGCCCAGUAUAAUCAAGACGUUUGUUGCUAAAACAAACAGAAAUCAAAUUGAAUAAUUAUUUUGGAUUAUAGAAAUUAAAAAUUAUUUAUGUAAAAAAAAAAUACGCUCUUUAGUAGAAAUUCAUUCUGAUUUACAAGUCAAAAACGAAGAAAACUGUUUUAAACUUAGCAUUCUCCAAACGAAGAUAAAAUAUGUAAAUAUAGAAUGUGCAAACUCUAUGUGCAUAUUCUUAUUCUAUUUUACAUGUUCUUAAGUUCUUGUAAGCUUUUAUUUCUGGAAAAAAUUUCUUGGAAGAAAUAUUUUUCUUGUUUUUUUUGUUAAUUCUCAAAAAUUAUAUUUUCAAUAAUUGUAAUUUAUUGAAAAUUUGACGCGUUCAACAUUUCUGUUGUUAAGUAUUCAAUGAAAACUUUUUAAGCAAAAACAUGAAGCGAGUCAUUAUGAUCUAAAUACGUAUGUAAUCGUCAAUUUAUUAGCCAACAAAAAACGUGUAUAAUCACAUAACGAUGUUGCCCGUGUUAAGAAGCAAAUACCUGACGUAUUACACGUGUGAUAUACAUCGACAGCCAAAAUAUUGAGAUUGGCUGUGCACUUUAGUUUGUCGUAUUUGUACAGGAAAUUGAUUUAUAUUAAAUAUUUUUAUGAGACACA